GGCUGUGUGUGGGGGUGUCACUGUGUCACUGGGCUAUGUCUGUGGGGGUGUCACCGGGCUGUGUGUGGGGGUGUCACUGUGUCACUGGGCUGUGUCUGUGGAGGUGUCACCGGGCUGUCUGUGGGGGUGUCUGUGGGGGUGUCACUGUGUGCCGCGCGCGGCCGACAGGGGGCGCUCCAUGCCAGCCCCGCCCCGCCCCGCUCACGUUCCCGCCAUGCCCCGCGGCGGGGCAACAUGGCUGCACCCAUGGCCGCGGCGGCGGCGCGGGCCGUGCACUGGCCUGUGAGGGCCGCGGCGGUCGGGCCGCUCCUGCUGCGCCCAGCCCCGCUCCCGGGCGGCCGGGCCGCCGCUCUCUCCGCCCGCUGUAGCGGCAGCAGCUCCGCGCUCGGCGGCAGCUCCGCGCUCGGCAGCCUCCUGGGCGUCCCCGCCCCGAAACCCAGCGGCCUCCUGCGCCAGCACCCGCCGCCCGUGGCCACCAGCAAAGAGGAACAAACCCGCCUGUUACGGUAUCAGCCUGACCAGCCCCAGAACCCCAAGGUCUUAAGAAUCGCCAUCGUUGGAGCACCCAAUGCGGGGAAAUCCACCCUCUCCAAUCAGCUCUUGGGCAGAAAGGUUUUCCCUGUCUCUAAGAAAGUGCACACAACCCGCUGCAAAGCACGAGGUGUUGUCACCCAUGAAGACACACAGCUGAUCAUUCUGGACACACCUGGCCUCACUAAUCGCGUGAAAGCCAAAAGACAUAAUCUAGAGGAAGCCAUGCUGACAGACCCGAAGGACAGCAUGAAACAUGCGGAUUUAGUUCUGGUUUUGGUGGAUGUGUCGGAUCACUGGACACGCAACUGCCUGAGCAAGGAGGUGCUGAAGUGUCUCUCUGAAUUUCCCCACAUCCCCAGUGUCCUGGUUCUGAACAAGGUGGAUCUGCUAAAGAAGAAGUUUCUCCUGCUGGAAAUAGCAACUGAGUUAACAGAGGGAGUUCUAAAUGGAAAGAAACUGGAAGUGAGAUCUGCAAUUAAGGAUAAUUCCAGUUCUUCAGCAAAGCCUCCUCCUCAAAUGGCUCAGGCUCCUCCACCUGGGAACAAGGCCCCUGGGUCUCACUAUGUGCAGGAGGAUGGAGGCCAGGAGGACUGUGGUGUGGCCGGCACCAGUGAUGUGGGGGCUUCUAUGUCCAAUCCUGUCACAGAAGCAGCACAAGGGCCAAAGCCCUGUGGACCCAGAGAUCUAAAAAAUAGGAAAGGCUGGCCCUGCUUCCAGGAGAUCUUCAUGCUGGCAGCUCUCCAUGGGGAGGAGGUGGAUACCCUUAAGCAAUACCUCCUGAUGCAAGCCAAGCCAGGCCCUUGGGAGUUUCACAGUGGAGUCUUGACCAGCCAGUCACCUCGAGAGAUCUGUGUUAACAUCAUCAGGGAGAAGGUACUGGAGUACCUGCCCCAGGAAGUGCCCUACGGCGUGACUCAGGUGACAGAGAUGUGGGAAGAAGGACCGAGUGGGGAGCUCCUCAUCGUGCAGAACCUCUUGGUCUCAAGGAAAUCUCACAUGCCAAUGUUGAUUGGAAGAAGAGGAGAGUUAAUCAGCAGGAUUGCUCAGGAGGCCUCCCAGGACCUGAUGAACGUUUUUCUCUGUGAUGUCCGCUUGAAGCUCAAGGUGGAAGUGAAGAGUUGAGCUCUGUCUGUGUUCUAACAGCCCUUUGAGCUCUCUAGUUGUGCAGAGAAACUGGUCCUGUGUUCUGCAGGCAUCUUGGCACCUUUGCUCAAUCCAGAAACAAGUGGAUGAUGGAAUCCAUGUCAUGGGCUGAAGUAGAAUGUUACUCUUGGAGGGAAUGGCCCAAACUGACCUAAAACCCCCAGACUUUGUAUGGCACCUGAUCUUGUGGAAUCUGGGGACAGACAGUGGAGAACCAGCUGCAGGUGUGAUUCUGGUACUGUGUUUCUAGAGCUGUCACCCAUUUCUUUUGGACCACAUCCUGCAUCCUUCCUGUCAAGUGUUUCUGCCUGGAUGUUCAGGAGCAUCUCCUUUCCUUUGGUGGACAAAGGGUUUUGCAGUCAAGGACUGUCAGCACAUGUGUAUCAUCUCUUCUGAAGGCUGAAUUGUUGCAGCAGUGGUUGUGCAGGAGGAGGAGGAGGAAGUUACCCCCACCCAUGUCUCCUGUUGGCUGUGUUCCCUUCCCCUUGGGAGUUCCUGGGUGUGAGGAUGUGACUGUGCAUCGAGCCAGUUUUCUCCAGGCAGCCUGAGCAAAGAGGUUUGUAGCUGAAACCCUCUUUAAUGAGGGAGACAGAAGGAACUUCAAGGCCAGAGUUUCCCAACUCCUGCCUGAAAGCCCUUAUCACAACCUCAUGUGCACCGUCCUCUGAAAUGUCUGCCAGCUGCUGCUCUCAACCUCUUCUUUGGUACUUUGUCAAAAUGUUCAUUCCUUCACUUUCCCCAUCAUCUUUUCCUCCACCUUGCUCAGCAGUUUGCUGCUUCUGGCACACAGCACUGCCUCCAGAGAGCUUGGUCUGGUCACGGCCUUGUCCAAAUGGCUUCCUAGAGAACCAAGAAAGGGAACAUAGGGGGCAUGUGCUCUCCCUGACCACUGCUGAGAGGAGCAGGGAGGGCAGAGAAUGGCUUUCUGGAGCGUGUUAAUCAGAGAGGGGAGCACAGCAGGGAACAGGGCCCUUUAUACCUCUACACAUCUUGUUUCUGGUGCCCAGUGGGGUCCUGCCUGGCCACCCAUCUGAAUGUUUGGCUAGUGAAUGGAUGCUGAGUGGUUUAGGCUGAAGAUGUUAACAGUGUCUUCUACGUCCUUGCUUCUUCAGAAGGGUGUGUUUGGCAUGCAGCACCACAGCAGCCCGCCUUUCUUAGGCAUGUGAAGAGUUCCAAGCACCAAGGUUACUUUGGAGUCAUUACUUUCUGCACUAUGGUCACAGACACAAACACAGGGGCUGGUCCCAGCGGGGAAGAGCCUGAAGUGGGAAGAGCAGGGGCUUCUGCAGCCCGGGGUUGGUGAGGAGUUGGGACACUGCGAGCCACUGAAUGCUGCUCCCCGACUUUUGUACUUCCCUCCCAAUAAAACGAGGUCCCAGCACAA